ACUGGCUUGUUUGCAGUUAGUAACUUGCCGACAAUUCGCGCAGUCAUCAUGGAGGCAAAACGCUUAACUUUAAUCUUGAGUUUUCUUUUUAUCAUGGGAAAUAUUGUUCGAGCUAAGACAACUUUCAGGAAAUUCACACAGGCAGCUGACUUGUACGAUUCUGUUUGUUCGGCAGAGGACCAGCUUUUCCAUGAAGAGAGGAUGAGUAAAAUGCAAUGCCUGUCGCUUUGUGCUGAAAAUUUCUCGUGUUUUGUCGUAUUCCACGACAAAGUUAGCCAGCACUGUGUUGGUUGCAGAGUCUCGUACUUUUCUAGUACAGACCAAUUGAUGUAUGGAAUGCACUUUAAAAGAUAUUUUCACCAUAAGUAUACGGUGGUUACUGAAUUCAAGUCAUAUGACCAAGCGAAGGCACGCUGUCAAGAGAUGGGAGCACAUUUAGCGUACAUAAAGUCAAAUGAUGAACAGAAUUUUAUCGAGGAGCAAGUAAUUGGAGCAUUCACCAGUAAUCUUUGGAUAGGAGCAUCCGGGAGUGAUGGUGUCAUUUACUGGGCGGACAACACGACUGUGGCCAUGACAUCUACCGUUGACAAUUACGAGAACUGGGCAGACGGCGAACCAAAUGCGCCAUUUGGGGAAGACUGUGUCAUACUGCAUUAUCCCUCUCGAUGGACCUGGCAUGAUGACAACUGUGAUUAUGUUCAUCUUAGUUUAUGUGAAUUUGAAUAAGUGAAUAUUAACCUUUAACCUGCCGGCACCGGAAGUGAUUCGCCAUUGCCACCAGUAAAGAUUCUAGGUCAUCCUGUACACCCUAUUAUCUGAAUAGGCCGGCUACAAUUGAUAGCCUUUUUGAUAUUUAAAUCCUUUAAACUUUGAUACAACUCUUUCAAAUCUAAAAAACAGCAUAUCCCUUAUUCAUUGCUCUGUCGCAGGUUAAAGGUUGGAUUGGCUUAUAUAUACGCACUUAGCGUAAACACAAGUUGUUCCGCUGAACUGUAAGAUGCUUAUACAUUGUAAUAUGAAUGUGUGUUUGCCGCUUAAACAUGUGUAAUAAUGUAAAACCUUCGCAGAGCAACACGAUUUGAGAGUCAAAGAAUUUGGUCAUUGCUAUAGGUGUUAAAUUCAUUGUGAAAUAUUAUUUUGAGAAUAAUUGACAUCGUUUUUUGUAUUUUCUGAUCGCAGAUCAGGAAAUACAAUGCUGAUAUUCAAUCUCUGGCAGAGAAUUUCACGACAAACCUAACAACAAGUAGUUCUCAAAACAGCUUAGAACUAGCGAUGUAAAAGAAAGAUAUAGUUUUAUUUUGUUACAAGUAUCAAACAAAUUACAAUGCAUUCAAAGUUUAAAAGAAGCGUUGGCUUA